ACUGGCUACGUUGAGCGGCGUGACCCUUCCCCCUCCCCACUCCUAUCCCUCUCCUUUCUCUCUCUCUCACUCUCCUUACUCACGUCUUCUAAAGCAUCGGGAUUAAUUGUAUAGCUUGAAGUUAUUUUUUUAUUGAUAAUUAGUGUAAGUAGUUGUAGUCUGGGAAGUACAUGUUUUUUUUCUGUUUUGGUUUAUUGUACAGCCGUGAAAGUCUUCGUGCGGUUUGAGAUCUUCAUUUGACAUUCUUUCUCGAUUUUUAAAUGUAACACUUAAGUCUUUAAUAAAAAUGUAAGACUCAUUAUAUUAGAGCAAAGAGAUAAAAUAAAUGAAAUUUUUAAUAUAAAAACAAAAAUAAAAAGGAAUGUAGUGUAUUAUAUAUUUAAAUAUUGAAAUAGUUCUAAACGUUGUAGUGUUUAUGCAUGGAAGGACAUUACUGGAACCAUAAGAUGUCAACAAGGGAUGAUGAACUCGGAAAUACACACUGGAAUCCACCGAUAUUUGCGCCAUAGCAUUACAGACCAGUGUUAGGACCGCCCCUGGAGUGUGUGGCGGGCGUGUGGUAGUGAGUGUGUGGUGGGAGUGAGCGGUGACACGGCGCCCUGGAGCGUAACGGAGGUCAUAAUGGGGCAGCGUGAAGGAGGGACUCGGGUGCACUGGAGCAGAACACCACACUUGGGCUCCCUUACACUCCGCCACCACCACACACACUCCGGAAUAACUGCUGCCGCUGCACUCCGCCAGAUAAGUGAGGAUGAGCUCCGACACACUAACAGUGCCCUCUGAUGCGGCUGUGUAUGAAAGCAUUACCAACAUUGCCAUCUGGCUGGAGACGCACAGCCAUGCAGGACCUCAGCAAACCCCAGAGGAGAUUACUGAGGAGGAUCUGGCAGUGGCAGUGCCGGGCGAGUGCCUCUUUCCGGAGCUGAGUGCCGAGAACGAGGAUGCCUCACAUGAAGAGGAGAAAGGCAUCCUGGUCUACACUGACAGCCAUGAAGAUAAGUACAUUUGGUUGCAGGGUGACUGGCAUCCCAUGGAGCGAAUUCUCAACAUUACCUGCUCAAAGUCUGGCUGGGUCAGGACGCCAUGCCUGGGGGAGCGCCUGCUGGUGUUGCUGUUGACGCAGCUGGACUACACAGCACGGGAGGAUGAGUCUGAGGUCCCAUAUGGCUGCUGUCCUCUGAGUGACCCGACCUACCUGCUGUGGCACAUGAACCGCCCGGCUGGGAUGUGCUCCCUCAAGCGCACCAGUAUAUGGGGCGGCGAGGACGUGUAUGCCUGUGACACCCUGGACACUAUGUACGUGCGCCCCUUUGCACGCCGCCAGGGUUACUCGCUGGCCCUGCUGCACACACUGACAUCUGAACUGCCCCCGGGGGACCACCUGGGCCUCUCCCACCCUGUCUCUCUCAGCAUGUGUAAAGUGCUGCUGAAGUUCAUCCAGGUUUACCCGGAGCUUCGGGACACCAUGUGGACGCUGGAUGAGGACGGGGAGGUGUCUGGCACGGUGACCCUCAUGCUGGGCUCCCUUAUGAUGCGUGGGGCACUACAGGGGGCAGGAACUCACAACCCACCCCAACCCAUGGAUGAGGCACAGCAGCCCAUGGAGCAAGCUGACCAGCCCAUGGAGCAAGGACAGCAGCAGAAGCACGGCCGGGACUCCAGCCAAGAGUCGGAGCCUUGUGACACUUCCUAAGGGUUGGUCACACACACUUAUUGCUGUAUUUUACUCAUCCCACUUUUCUACUUUUACAGUAAUCUUCAUUCUAGUUUUCUUUCUUCCCAUGCUGUUUCUGUUGUAAUCCCCUUCUUUUUUAUGUAGAGUAAGUUAGAUAGUGAGUAUUUCAAGUAUGUUAUUUAUUUAAUUGACUUUAUGAAUGUAAUGGGACUUGGAGUGUGUUGGUAGAUCUUGUAGUUAUUAAUGAAUAUUCUUGUUAGGAUAGCAGUAUAUAAUCCAUGGUUGACUGUAGGGAAUGUGUUGUGUAUGUUGCCAUUGAAAAGUUUGGUCAUGGGAGUUUAUACAAGAGAAGACAGGAACUGGAAGGAAUCGUCAAGUAUAUCAUCAAGCUGAAUAGUCUUAUAACAACUGUUGCUUGGCCUCUGAUGUGUGUUGUAGAACUCAGAGCACAUGCUUGUUUUAUUGUCUGCAGAGAUAAAACUGACAUUAUCCCCAGAAGUGACAGGCAUACUGAAGGUAUAUGUGUGUGUGUGUGUGUGUGUGUGUUAGCACUUUAAGUUCACUCACUGCUGAUUACAUGCAUCAAGUACUCCAGUAGAUGUGGAGUGACUUAACUGCUUAUUCAGUUCUUUGAUGCUUUAUUCUUUUCAUUAAAAAAAGUGAAAAUUAAGUGAUGAAUGAAAGUAAGUUUAGUAAGAAUUAGAUACAUAAUCUGUCACUUUAGGAGCAAGGGCCAUGAGAAAAAUAAUAGUUUUCUAGUCUAAGGCUCAGGAUGACAUAUCAAUGAGUGACAAAAUCUUUUUGUAAAAUGUCUCCAUUAGAAGAAAACUUUGCCUUUGAGCAGCCAUAGAUGUGAACUCAGCAGCAAGCAUCACAGAAUGUAUCCGUUCAAAGACAUUACUUGGACAAAGUAUGAGGAGAAUGAAUGAUGGAUGUGAAAACUACCUGAAGUGUUCUAAAAAAAAUGUUUGAAAAUUAUUGUGAAUAAGAGUUGGUGCUAAUAAUGUUAUGUGAGGCCUUUGACAAGGGUGCUGCACUAGGGAUCAACUUAGUGAUGACUUUGUCUGUCUUGCCUUAAUACUUAAUGCAACUGCAGAAAGUCUUUCCCCACUUGUGAGAUGUUUUCUUUUGUCAUAAGCCAGUUAUCUUCAUUAUGUAGUAGGUAUGGUCAUGAUUUAGACCAGUAGAUUACAUAUACAAUGGUGCCACCUUUACUUUGAAAGGUAUUUACAAAAUGCAUGAAAAUUUCUUUAACCUUAUUAUUCUUAAUUUGUCAUGCAACUAGUAUUGUUUUUGGCCAUAUUCUAUUUUAUUACUGUUCUAUUAUGAGUCAGCAUCAUUCAGUAAACAUAUUUUCUGGAAAAAAUUUCCCUUUUUACAAAUUAUUUUACAAUGAUGUGCAUGAGAGUUAGUUUUAAACAUCCCUUCAAAUAUCUUGCAAGAGGAGGUGGAUAGUGAUAGCAGCAGGCACGGCAGGGAGUGGUGGGAAUAGCCUUGAGGUGUGUUGCUGGGUUGGAUCAGAUCAUGAACAGCUACAGGAGGGCCACAGCCAGACUUGUCACCAUCACAGAAUGUGGCUAAAAGCAAAAUUGGUAGUAUGUGAUUUUUUUCUCUCUGGCAUGUUAUUACCAAUGGUUGAGAAUCACACGGGUUGUUGGUGUUGUUGUUCUGUAGGUAGUGCCCCCUUGGUCUUGGGCUCAAACACUAGGUACUGUCGUGGGUUUGGCUUCUCUGUCUCAGUAACAAACAUAUAUGACCUCUGACUGUAUGAAUAAAAUUUCUUACAACAUUAUCA